AUGCACUCUCUCCCUAAGUUGUUUCUAGCGGCUCUCUCAUUUACCAUCCUGGUUGAUGGUAGCCACCGCUGUGACUGGAUUUUCGCCAUCGGCCCGAACCCGACUGGUGGAAAUGUCAUCUACCAAGGCCAGUCGGAUGCGCAGGCUAAGAGACUUGCAUAUGUUGAUGACUGCGACAACUCGUUUAUCCUUGCAGUUGAUUCAACCAGCACUGUUGCUGCCGGCGGUCAGCAUGCCUCCGUUCGUAUUACAUCUCAGAAGAGCUACAAUGGCGGUCUCUUCAUCUUUGACGCUUCCUACAUGCCUGUAGGUGAAAUCGAUAUUGUCGAGGGUGUGAAUAAUCAGGGCACAAACCAGAUGACGCUUUAUACCGGCACGAACCAAACUUGCACUAACGAAAUGACAAAUAGUACCUAUCAGUUUUCAGGAAAAAUCAUAGCAACCGACCGUUACAGUACCACACACGCGGACUCAGGCUGCAGCAUCGAAGACACUGACACAAGCUCUUUUGCGUAUGGUUUCAACAAUGCAGAAGGUGGUGUCUUUGCACUUCUGUGGGACAAUUCCCCUGGCAUGUCAAUAUGGCAUUUCGCUCGGGCUUUAAUUACAUGGCCGUCUACCAAUAAGGUCACGGAGGCGCGGAAGCACGCCAGGAGCCAUCCAUCAACUUGCACCACACGUUACAAUGGUGGAGUUAAGCCGUCCAACAUUCACACUACUAGUAGUGGGCCUUCUCAGACAACUGUGAGAUACAUUCGCGAGCAAUUGUUGCAGAUAGGGUCAUCGAAAUCCAGGGUCAAUGGCUUACACUUGAAGUUAACUUCCUGUGUACCAAUGUCUCUUUCAGUAUUACGCGUUCUCUGGAGAGCAAUUUCCGAGAAUUGCCAGGGUGGACCUGCACGCUUUGUCAACGAAGACGUCGGCAAGAGAGAUCAGUCUUGGAAUAUAAUGUACGAAGUGAUGAUUGGAUUGAGGACAAAAGGAUCAUCUUUAGCGUAA